UGUACUUUCUUGCCUGGUUGUUUUCUGUCGCCAUGUCCGGACGCGGAAAGCAGGGCGGCAAAGCCCGCGCCAAGGCCAAGACCCGCUCCUCCCGGGCCGGGCUCCAGUUCCCCGUGGGCCGCGUGCACCGCCUGCUCCGCAAGGGCAACUACGCCGAGCGGGUCGGGGCCGGCGCGCCGGUCUACCUGGCGGCGGUGCUGGAGUACCUGACGGCCGAGAUCCUGGAGCUGGCGGGCAACGCGGCCCGCGACAACAAGAAGACCCGCAUCAUCCCGCGCCACCUGCAGCUGGCCAUCCGCAACGACGAGGAGCUCAACAAGCUGCUGGGCAAGGUCACCAUCGCGCAGGGCGGCGUCCUGCCCAACAUCCAGGCCGUGCUGCUGCCCAAGAAGACCGAGAGCCACCACAAGGCCAAGGGCAAGUAACUACCUGGACUAGUUUGUGGCAACUCGAAUAAAAUCGAGUCCAAACCAAAGGCUCUUUUCAGGGCCACCCACGUCUUCUCUAAAAGAACUUAACAUUUGCUAAUGUUUUAUGUGAAAGAAAAAGGCAUGGUAAAACUUUGGUCAGAAGUUGCUCAUCCUCAUCCUUCUUGAAAACAAUGGAGCGAACACUGCAGAUUCCUAAGGAAGACUGGAGGGAAGGUGGUCAGGGUUCUACCACGUAUGAGAUUCUACCGCGCAGCAGAGUUACCUGAACAGAUACAUUCAGAUCCAUUAGGCCACUACUUAAUUUUAAACUUAGUGUGUGUUCACAGGGCACCAGUGGCUUUGUGAGUUUUUUUUUUUUUUUUUUUUUGAGACGGAGUUUCGCUCUUGUUACCCAGGCUGGAGUGCAAUGGCGCGAUCUCGGCUCACCGCAACCUCCGCCUCCUGGGUUCAGGCAAUUCUCCUGCCUCAGCCUCCUGAGUAGCUGGGAUUACAGGCACGCGCCACCAUGCCCAGCUAAUUUUUUGUAUUUUUUUUUUUUUAGUAGAGACGGGGUUUCACCAUGUUGACCAGUAUGGUCUCGAUCUGUUGACCUCGUGAUCCACCCGCCUCGGCCUCCCAAAGUGCUGGGAUUACAGGCGUGAACCACCUCGCCCGGCCGGCUUUGUGAGUUCUUGAAGCAGUUUGGUUCAAAAGAGUUAUCGCCCUGGCUGGAAUUUAGCAGGCCGCUGCUUCACGCAGGUCAAGGGCGGCAUGAAGGAGCCACCCCGCUGCGUGCCCAGCACGGUGACCCUGCGCGAGGCCCGGCGCUACCAGAACUCCGAGCAAGGUGACUGACGCUCCUGCGAGAGCUCGGCGGUGGCGCCGCUGCAGGAGAGCAAGGCUGCAGAACUUUGUGACAUUCAGAGCCUCGCGUCUUUCCUGAUGGAUAGAUGUCAAGCAUUCUCUUACCCGCCGCACUGCACCUUGCAAAGUAUGCCUUUACAAUGAAGUACAACAUUGGGACGAAAGAUUUCUCAUGUUCAGAAAGGUCUAAAAUCCCAAGUUGCUAGAAGAACUUGACAGGAUAGUUAUUUCUAAUAAACCUUAAAACCCAUCAAAUUUGAGGUAAAGUGUUGGCAUUCAGACUGUUAAAAUGUCUGCCUCACAGAGAGGGGAAAAUACAGGUGACAAUAUGGUUCAUCAAAGGCCUGUUUAUGACCAUCAGACAAGUACAGGGUGUUGGGGGAUUCUGACACAAACUGAGGCCUCCUAGCAAGACUGGCAGCUUUCUGUGGAGGAGGGUUAUUUAGUGUGAUACUGUAAAUAACUUUCGGUGUUGUAUCGAAAUAAGGAAUACCCAUGCCAAGAUUGCACAGUCUUGCCUCCUACCUCUGCUCACUGAACUCUGAUGUAAUCUCAAGAAAAGGACGUAAGUCGUUCUUCUUGUGUAUUGCAGACACUUUCCGCCGUCUGGUAACAUGGAAAAUCUCAGAAUGAUGUUUUCAGUGUAUAAAAUGCCAAACAAAGUUAAAUUACAGUGUUCAAAGUAUUUUUAAAAUUUGAUAGUGAUAAGUGAGCCUGUAUACUUGUGUUGUUAAUAUAGUUGACACAUUUUAUGAUUUGGUGAGGAUAACUGCUGUUACUAAUUAGAUGCCUAUAAAUGUUUCAAGGUAACUCAGCAAUUGUAACGAUAAAUGAAACAUCGAAUGUCUUUUGGAUUACAAAGUAACAGGUAUUGAAAUUUGUGGCCUAAAUUCAUAAGAAAGUGAAAUGUUCACAUUCAGUCAAGGUUAUUUUUUUAAACAUAGAUAUUUUACUGCCCAAACAGACUUCUCCUUCACCACUCCCUAAUUGCUGAUUUUUUUUUUUUUUUUUUUUGAGACGGAGUUUCGCUCUUGUUACCCAGGCUGGAGUGCAAUGGCGCCAUCUCGGCUCACCGCAACCUCCGCCUCCUGGGUUCAGGCAAUUCUCCUGCCUCAGCCUCCUGAGUAGCUGGGAUUACAGGCACGCGCCACCAUGCCCAGCUAAUUUUUUGUAUUUUUAGUAGAGACGGGGUUUCACCGUGUUGACCAAGAUGGUCUCGAUCUCUUGACCUCGUGAUCCACCCGCCUCGGCCUCCCAAAGUGCUGGGAUUACAGGCGUGAGCCACCGCACCCGGCCUAAUUGCUGAAUUUUAUCUUUAGGGGCGUUGUGACAUAUAAGUAUGGGCCUCAGGUUAAAAACCCUUGUCCUAAAAGUUGGUUGACCUACCCCAUUUCUUUUCAGCUCCUUUUCUCUGGAAACCUCCUCUUCCUAUUUGGAAUUUUUUAGCACUUAGCCUGUUGACACCUCACACCCUUGUAUUGUUUCUAUUUCUUGUACUUAAAAUAUAACUACCAAUCCUCGUAUAAAUAUGAUGUUUUGGAACAGAAACAGUGCUGACAAUAUCUCGGAAAGAUAGGUCCUUGAGAGGCCUCCAAAAUAGUAAAAUACUUGGCUUUUUGAUGGAUUUUUAUACUGUGAAACCCCUAAUAAUUUUACUUAUUUUUUAAAAUUUUUCUUUUAUGCAUGUUGCAGGGACAUUUUACUCGUUUUUCAAUUGUUCUGUCUUUAAAGGUCUUUCAACUUAUUUAAAUUAAUAUUUAAUAAAUUUAUCAAAUGUACAGUGGUUGGACACGUGGUAUAUUGCAAGGGUAACCGUUACUGGAAGGGAUCCAAAUCCAGACCCCAAGAGAGGGUUCUUGAGUCCCUCUCAAGAAAGAGUUCGAGGCAAAUCCAUAGACUACUGUGAAACACAGUUUAUUAGAGAAGUAAAAAAAAUUGUUCUUUUUUUCUGUUAUAAGGAUAUUUAUAGUUAUUUCUUGAUUAUAUGCUGAACAAGGGCAGAUUCUUCAUGAGUUUUCCUGGGAAAGAGGUGGGCAAUUCGCCAACUGAGGGUUCCUCCCCUUUUUAGACCGUAUAGGGUAACUUCCGGACUUGCCAUCAAUCUGUACUGUCACGGCACCGGUGGGAGUGUCUUUUAGCAUGCUAAUGUAUUAUAAUUAGCAUCUAAUGAGCAGUGAGGAUGACCAGAGGUCGGUUGCAUCGCCGUCUUAAUUUUGGUAGGUUUCCACCGACUCCUUUACCUCAUGCUUUUAUUAGCAAGGUCUUUGCGAAUCUCAUUCUGUGACUAAAAUGUCCUUAUCUUCUGGGAAUGCAGCCCAGUAGGCCUCAGCCCAUUUUACCCAGCUUCUAUUCAAGAUGGAAACGCCUCUGACAUAAUAAAGUUUGCUGCCAGAUUUGUUUUGUAAUGUGAAAGAAAGUGAGAACUCAGAGUAACUCGAUUUUAACUAAGUUUAUCUUGAUAGUUACCCUGCUAAAAAAGACUGAUAGGCUGGGUGCGGUGGCUAAUGCCCGUAAUCCCAGCACUUUGGGAGGCUGAGGCAGGUCAAUCACCUUGAGGCCAGGAGUUUGAGACCAGCCUGACCAACAUGGAGAAACUCCCCUCUCUACUAAAAAUACAAAAUUAGCCCAGUAUGGUGGCUCAUGCCUGUAAUCCCAGCUACUCAGGAGGCUGAAGCAGGAGAAUCGCUUAAACCUGGGAGGCAGAAGUUGCUGUCAGCCGAGAUCACACCAUUACACUCCAGCCUGGGCAAUGAAAGUGAAACUCUGUCUCAAAAACAAAAAAUAAAAGAGACUGAUUAGCAUCACAUUUUCAAAAAUGUUAUACUGUGUGUGUGUAUGUUUACUAUCAAUUUCAGAACAAAUUUACCUCAAUUUCAGAAACUAAAGAAUCUGACAAACUCUCAAAUAUCCCUUGUAGGGUAGGCAAAAUUUUACCUUUACUCUCUUAAGAGUUUUUAUGGCUUGGCCUGAUAAUUAAACGAACGUAAGAGAGAUUAACAGAAGAAAAGCAUAUAAAGUGAUUUAAUAUAUGUUUUAGGUGGCAGAGGACAUGAGAGCUCUGAUCAUAGAUCUCAAAGAAGUUGCAAAACCUAAGUGUUUAUAUAGUAAGUUGAACAGAGUAAAGUGUGGAAAUGCAACUGUGUAGGGAGGCUAACGGAAAACAGGAAUGAUUUUACUGAGAUCUGCUUGUACAGAAUUCUCUUGGUUUCACCUUCCUGUCCUUGAUGAAAGGUUCUUUUCCUUUUGGUACAGGGAGGACAUCUUCCAAACGGGAAUUUUAAUUCAUGUUUUCAGGAGGUAAAAGGGAAAGGUCAAAGUUUCUUGUAUCUACUCUUUUUUAAAUUGCCUUUAUUUCAAAAUAAUUCUUAUUCCAAAAUGGCAUAUUCUGGGAUAGCAUUGCUAUCCCUGUCACAAACAGCUAUGUGAAAACUGGUGAAAUCAGGUACAGAAGGAGGUUUCUGAUUGGUGAGAAGCUCAAGUAGAGAAAUGUAUUUGUUAACUAAUGUUGGGGAAAUGUAAUUUUUAAAUCUCCCAAAGAAGAGAAAUGAAAUAAUUUUAUUAGUGAAUAAGCAUUAAACCAGAGUGAGUUGCUUAUCACGGGCAAUCUUAUGAAGAGGUUGCAAAAGCAGAAAGAAAUGCUUUUCUAUUAGAUGUAACUACAUUGGGUAGGUUUUGCAAUUUGAAGUCAGGUGAGAGCCAAAAUUUGGACCAUUUCCUGGCUGGAAACUGGGAGACAGAGCACUAUUUUUUUAGUGAGUAACAUAUCAAAGAGAUGGCUCUACAGGCCUUGAGGAAAUACUGAGUUUUAAGGCCUAUUUAGCCAUUAAAAACAAUUACAUACAUUUUAAAAGGACAGAGAAAUUUUGAAAGUGGAGUCUCUUUUCAACAGAUAAUUAAGCCUCUUAUUUUCAAUUUGUAUUUACCCUUAGGUUAACAUAUUCAAUUAACCUAUGCUACCUUACCCUCUUUACAACAUACUGAAUUCAGCUACAGCCAUUUACAGCCAAUCAAAUCAAUUUUGUUUUCCAAAGAUGUAUGGUCUGUUUGUAUUGCAACAUAAAUACAAAAAAUUUUGAAGUAUUUUAAUGAAAUGUUUAUCUUCAUUUUUUUGACAUUUAAGUGUAACACUUUGAAAAUGCUUCAAGCAUUGCUGCAAGUAACUCAUUGAAAUAAAGAGUAGAAAGAAAAUCACUGAAUAACACGAUUACAUGCCAGUGCCAAAAGACGUUAUUACAUUUUCUUGGAGCUUAAGAAAUGGUCUGUACUGUAUUUUUUUAAUCCCAUGUAUGUAAGCCAAAAUAUUUGAAGUAUAUAUGCUUUUAAUGAAAGUUUUCUUAGAAAGAUGAAAGUAUACUCCCUUUCUUGCAUUUGAAUUUUCUAUUUGUUCAUUACUGAAAAUGCUUUUUAUUUUUUACACAGACUCACUCUGUUGCCCAGGCUGGAGUGCAGUGGUGUGAUCUCAGCUCCCCACAACCUCUGCCUCUUCUGUUCAAGUGAUUCUCCUGCCUCAGCUUCCCUCAUCCUCCCGAGUAGCUGGGAUUACAGGUGUGUGCCACCACACCUGGCUAAUUUUUGUAUUUUUUAGUACAAACAGUUUCACCAUGUUGUCCAGGCUGCUCUUCAACUCCUGACCUCAAGUGAUGCCCCCAUCUCGGCCUCCCAAAGUGCAGGGAUUACAGGUGUGAGCCACUGCACUUGGGCAAAAUUAAAGCAAGUUUUAAACAUUUUCUGAUGGAGAGAUUUUGUAUUUUUCAGAUUGGGAGAACUUUAAUAAACAUAUAAAACUAACCGAAGUUGUAAGAGGAUUUCUUGGCUAACUAGAUAACUUGUAAUUUUCAAGAAUAGUGAUAGCAGAAAUUUUUUGAAAAAAAAAAAAAGAAUUAUGAAGUGGGGCCCGGUGCAGUGGCUCACUCCUGUAAUCCUAGCACUUUGGGAGGCUGAGGUGGGCAGAUCACUCGAGGUCAGGAGUUCAAGACCAGCCUGGCCAAAAUGGUGAAACCCUGUCUCUACUAAAAAUACAAAAAAAUUAACUGGACAUGGUGGCAUACACCUGUACUUACAGCUACUCUAGAGGCUGAGGCACGAAAACAGCUUGAACCCGGGAGAAAGAGGUUGCAGUGAUAUUAUAUGCAUUACUGCAGUCCAACCUGGGUGACAGAGACUGUCUUUAAAAAAAAAAAAGGUCAGUAUAGUGGCUAAUGCCUGUAAUCCCAGCACUUUGGGAUGCCAAGGUGGGCAGAUCACCUGAGUUUUCGGGAGUUUGAGACCAGACUGGCCAACAUCAUGAAACCCUGUCUCUACGAAAAACACAAAAAACUUAGCUGGUGUUGUGGUGUUCGCGCCAAGGGCUCAUGACUUGCCCAGUUUGGCUGCUGGACCUGUCUGCAUUUCCUCACCUCGAGGGCUGUGGAGUGAGACAGGGCCGUGAGCUGACUCACUAAAAGCAACAGAAUGCAAAGCAAAGGCCUGCAGUUUAUGAGGACAUUGUGCUGUCUGCUUCCAUGUCCCCCUUCAGUCUCUGUGUAAGCAAUAAACUUGCUGCAAUUGAGAUGCCUAAGAGGGACAAGAGACCUCUGCCCAUAUUUUCCCUGGAGCCAAGCCUUUGUUUUAGCUCCUGGUGAAAAACAGGUUUAACCAGCCACCUUAAGGGCGCCAUUGUAUCUUUGGAAUGUAAAAUCAUUGAAAUGUAAACUACUACCACUAGCCCCCUUAAACUGCUUCCUGAGCAGGAUAUCACAAGCCCCGGAUAUCUAUUUUAUGGAGUUUCUGUUUCCUUUCUGUUUUCCCCUUUGUUUCUUUCUGCUGAGAUGAGGUAAAUGUAAACAAGACAAAAGGUAUAAAAGCUGUAACCCACAAAAAUAAAUUUGCUGCGUUUUGGCCAUAAUCUUCACGCAGCCCUCCAGA